GGGGAAAGUGGGUUUUAGCCCUUUUCUUCUUCCUUCUCACCUCCCUCGACCAGGCCCGGACAAGAUAGCAGCGACGAAGAGUAUCUGCCCACCAUGUCGUCUCGAAUCGUCCCUGCCUCUCGCCAGUCCAUCAUGAACUUGAUGCGCCUGUCGCACUCGGCCGGCUGCCCCUGCCAUGGUUGCUCCUCGCUCCGCAACACGUCGCUGGGAGCCGUCCGAGCAGGUGCAAAGAUGAUUGCAGGCCACAACCAGUCGGCGGGCGCCAGUGCAAGGGGCUAUGCGACGCCCGUCGACGACCAGCUGCAGAAGGAGUAUGCAUUCGAGCUCGCUGCCAGCAACAUUCGCUUUGGCGAGGGCGUCACAAAGGAGAUCGGCAUGGACUUCCAGAACAUGAAAGCGCGCAAGGUCGGCGUCUUCACCGACCGCACCGUCCGUGACCUGACUCCAAUGCAGCAGUCGAUCGAGGGUCUCGAAGCAGCUGGGAUCCCCUAUGAGAUCUUUGACCGGACCAGAGUGGAGCCCAACGACGAAUCGUGGGCCGACGCCAUGGGUUUCGCGCGCAAGCACGACUUCUCCCAUUUCCUUGCCGUCGGCGGUGGCUCCGUCAUGGACACGGCCAAGGUCGCAAACCUCUUUACGUGCUACCCGGACGCUGAUCUCCUCGACUUUGUCAAUGCGCCCAUCGGAAAGGGCAUCCCGGUCGACAAGACGCUGAGACCGUUGCUCGCGGUGCCCACGACGGCAGGCACAGGUUCCGAGACGACGGGGACGGCCAUCUUUGAUCACAAGGCCUCGUCAGCAAAGACUGGUAUUGCCAGCAGGGCUCUUCGCCCGUUGCUUGGCAUCGUCGACCCGCUCAACACACAGACGUGCCCCGUCGCCGUUCAUGUGUCCGCCGGUCUCGAUGUCCUCUUCCACGCUCUGGAGAGCUACACAGCCAUCCCCUACUACGAAAGAGUGCCCCGACCACAGAACCCGCUCCAGCGUCCUGCUUACCAGGGACGGAACCCUAUCAGCGACGUGUUCUCGCUUUGGGCCCUGAAGCAAACGGUCAAGUACCUUCCUCGCGUCGCCAGAGAUCCCAUGGGCGACACCGAGGCCCGUGGCCAGAUGCUCUUGGCAGCCACCUUUGCUGGUAUCGGCUUUGGCAAUGCUGGCGUGCAUCUCUGCCACGGAAUCUCCUACCCCAUCUCGGGCCUAAACAAGACCUUGACCAACUACUACCACCCUGGCUACAACUCGGACCACCCGUUGAUCCCGCACGGCCUCUCCGUCUGUCUCACCGGCCCCGGUGUCUUUGAAUUCACCGCCCCUUCCUCGCCCGAAAGACACCGCGAGAUUGCCUCCAUCUUCGCCGCGGCCGACGCUGAGGACGGCGGAGAUGGGACGCUCUCCGUCGCUUCGCUCGAGCGGCUCCCAGAUGCCGAGGUUGGCAAGGUGGUGCACGACGUCAUUGCCAAGUUCCUCGUCAAGACGCUCGGCAUGCCGCGCGGCCUCGAAGCCAUCGGCUACCGAUCGGAGCACAUCCCUGCGCUGGUCAAGGGCAGUAUCCCGCAGAGACGGGUGCUGGAUCUCGCACCGGGCAUUGGAGAUGUCGCCGGCGGUUCUGAUGGCCAGGCUCACCUGACGCAGGUCAUUGAACGAAGCAUGAGCUACUGAUUGCUUCUUCGCCCCUCGUAAUGCUUUGCUUGUUUAUUCUCGUCUCAAAAUUAGGCUUCAAUUGAUGUCUUGUGACGACGACAGCACAAACAUUGGAGUGAUGAUGAGGAAA